AUGACUGCUAGUCGGAUGCAAAGGUGGGCAAUUAUUUUAUCGGCAUAUAGUUAUGAUAUCGAAUACGUUAAGACGGACGAGAAUACAGCGGACGGCCUGUCACGACUGCCCGUGCGCAGAGAUAACAAACCGGUUUCUGCGAUGCCGGAACAAACUUAUUUACAUUUUGCGCAGGAUACAUUGUUAUUAGAUUAUAACGAAAUUAAAAGAUGUACUGCUAGAGACCCUAUCUUAGGCAGGUUGUUAGGAUUUAUACGAGACGGAUGGCCUACGGAAUGCGAAAUUAGUGUCAUGCAACCUUAUUUUAAUAGGAAGAAUGAGUUAUAUGAAGAACUCGGUUGCGUUAUGUGGGGUCACAGGGUUGUAGUACCGGAGGGAUGUCGGGAAAGGGUACUAAAAAUUUUACAUGAACCUCACAUGGGUAUUGUUAAGUCUAAAGGUUUAGGCCGAAGUUAUGUGUGGUGGCCGGGUAUUGAUGAGGCUAUCGAGGUUAUGUGUCGUGAGUGCGCGACAUGUGCAGCACAUGCCGAUGCGCCCCCGCGCCAGGCGCCUCGUCCGUGGCCCUGGCCGUCCAAACCGUGGGCUAGGCUACAUUUAGACUUCUUGGGACCUAUUUUUGGACAGACAUAUUUAGUAGUUAUUGAUUCGAUGUCAAAGUGGGUGGAAAUUUUUAAUGUAUCUGGUACAACAGCAACAAGUACCAUUACUAAAUUGCUGGAACUUUGGAGUAGGUGGGGGAUACCGCGACAAAUAGUGACAGAUAACGGUCCACCGUUUACGAGUUCGGAAUUUCAAGAAUUCCUUAAAAAUUAUGGGGUAGAUCACAUAUUUACCGCACCAUAUCAUCCAGCAUCAAAUGGUGCUGCCGAGAAUGCGGUUAAAACGCUUAAAAGAGUCAUCAAAAAAGCCUAUUUCGAGAAAAAGAAUAUUAUGAAAGCUUUAUAUACAUUCUUACUGUAUUACAGAAAUACCCCCCAUUCAUCUACAGGCGAAUGUCCAGCGACGCUAAUGUUAGGUAGGCGUGUAAGAACGAGGUUAGACAUACUAAAGCCGGAUUUAACAUCACGCAUGAGUCAGGUGCAAAAGCAGCAGGUAGAAAACGCGGGUGGGGCGGAGAGGGUUUUAGUAUCGGGAGAACCAGUUUGGUAUAGGCAAUUUCUUAAAGGGGAGAAGUGGCUACCGGGGAAAGUAGAACGACAGAUUGGUCCAUCUAAUUUUAGAGUUUCCGAUGAAAAGGGUAACCAAGUACAUCGUCACAUCGACCAGGUAAAGCGUAGAACUAGAAACUCAUUGGUCUUCCCAAGCCCGGAAUGCCUCUCUCCUAUGACCAGUCCGCCCGAAUCUGGGCCGGGGAGUGAUGGCAAGGACGAGACCAUUACAUCCAGGGCGACACCUUUAGCGGUUGGGGAACUCGAACGAGCGGCUCAGGAGCAGCCUUCUAGUGCAAUUGAGGGUCAUGAGGACGGUGCCUUUGAACCUAAACCCCUUGGACUUCCUCAACAGCGCCAAGAUCACACAAACUCUCGGCCCAUAAGACAAUGUAGGUUAAAUAAUCCUGUUAAUUACAAAUGUUAA